GUGUGAGAGGAGAAGCUGGGAGUAAUGGCGGACCGAGGCCUGGAGAAAGCUGACAUCGGGGCACUGAGCCCUGAACAGCAGGAAAAACUGCGCCAGUUUAAGAUCAAGACAAGAAUAGCAAAUGAAAUGUAUCUGAGAGCUCAUCCAGAAGUGGAAAUGCUGCUGGAUGAUUUUCUAAGAGAUGUGUUUGUUAAAAGACCUACAGAUAUCCGCGAAUUUGCUGCAGAUCACUUCAGUGAUCCAGAUCUACCAAGGAAAAUUCAGCUGAAAUUGGAAAAGAAGGCUUCUGUGAAAAUGUGAAGAGGUCUUAAAAUAUAUGUGUCCCAUGAAACAAUGACAAACACAUUGCUUUUGUUUAACAUGCUAUCAUUUCAUACUUGGAACUAUUAUGUAAUUAGGUUUUAUCAGGGGAGAAGACGCUGGCUCAUUUGUUAAAUGAGACUAUGGGGACAUUAACACUAUGGAGAUGAACGUCAACUCCACUGAACUGAACAAAAUACCACAACCAUGUGUUACUAUAGUCACAUUCACUGCACACACAUUCUAAAAGCAUUUUUCUUUCUGUUAAAACAUUAUCCCACCAUUUUGAACA